GGGUGUGGUAUCAACUCCCUUGAUAUUGAGCCUGUUGAAGGAAGAUACAUGUUAUCAGGAGGGUCGGAUGGUGUUAUUGUGCUUUAUGACCUUGAAAACUUCAGCAGAAAGCCUUGCUACACAUGUAAAGCAGUUUGCUCCAUAGGAAGGAGCCAUCCUGAUGUACAUAAAUACAGCGUUGAGACAGUUCAGUGGUAUCCUCAUGACACCGGCAUGUUUACAUCUAGCUCAUUUGAUAAAACAUUGAAAAUAUGGGAUACAAAUACUUUACAGCCUGCAGAUGUGUUUCAUUUUGAUGGAACUGUCUAUAGUCAUCAUAUGUCUCCAGUUGCUACCAAACAUUGUUUAAUAGCAGUUGGUACCAAAAGCCCCAAAGUACAGCUCUGUGACUUGAAGUCUGGAUCCUGUUCUCACAUUCUGCAGGGUCACAGGCAAGAAGUACUGGCAGUAUCUUGGUCCCCGCGUCAUGAAUAUAUUUUGGCAACAGGCAGUGCUGACGGUAGAGCGAAGUUAUGGGAUGUGAGGAGAGCAUCUGGAUGUCUUACUACACUUGAUCAGCACAAUGGAGAGAAGUCCAAAACAUUUUCUGAAGGAGUAAACACUGCCCACAAUGGGCGAGUGAAUGGAUUAUGCUAUACACAUGAUGGGCUUCAUCUGUUGACUAUUGGUACAGAUGAUCGGAUGAGACUUUGGAACAGCUCCACUGGAGAGAACACAUUAGUGAACUACGGGAAAGUCGGUAAUGAAAGUAGAAAAGGACUCAAAUUCACCAUCUCUUGGGGCUGCAAUCCAGAGUUUGCUUUUGUACCGUAUGGGAGCACCAUUGCUGUUUACACAAUUUUCUCAGGAGAACUGAUAACUAAGCUUAGAGGGCAUUUUAGUACUGUUGACUGCUGUGUAUUCCAACCUAACUUUCAGGAGCUUUAUAGUGGUAGUAAAGAUUGUAAUAUCCUUGCUUGGAUACCUGCCCCUCGAGAGCCUAUUCCUGAUGACACUUCUGAAAAGUCUCUUUCUCAACAGCAUUUAAACCCAGCCUAUGAGGAUGCAUGGAGCAGCAGUGAGGAUGAAGGCUGA